AUGGCGGAGAGGAAGAGAGAGGGAGGAGAGAGGAAGAGGAGGGCAGCGAGGAGUAGACAAGCAAACACACCAACAGGCAUCGAGGACGUUACCCACGCACGCACGGACACGGAGCAAGCGACACACACUCCGACGAACCCGUCACACACACACAGUUCCACUUCAGCUGACUGUUCUCAGGAUUCGCCCACGCAAAAUCACACACCGCCCCCCCUCCCACACACACCCUCCCCACUCCCACAAGCCAGGACGCAACGACGCAGGUCGCCUCGCAGCACACACACGCCCUCCCCUGAACACACGCCCACGGACACACACAGCCCCUCGGGCGAGAGCCCGCGGUGUGUGUGUGACCCGCCGCGGUGUGUGUGUCGGGAGCGGAGUGCGCCCGUGUCGCCAGUGCCCGCUGCUCCCAGCAAACCCCUCCCCAAGCCCAUUCCCCGACGGCCUCGGAGGUCCGAGCUCAAGAGGCAGGACGGCCUGGACGCGCAGCUCACACACACACACACAUCCGCCAGCAACACACACGGCGACGCGCCAACGCCCGCCGAAGUCCACACACACCCCGAGACAGCGUCGCUCACUGACUCGCCCCUCCCACACACGGCCAUCGACACACACACGGACGGGGACGAACACACACACCCCGACACGAACGCUGACGCGCAUGUUGAACACGACGUAGAAACACACGCUCGCGACAGCGCCGAGGUUUGCCAUCUAGAGGCCGUGGGCAACCAUGGCGAUGCGGAACCCUCGGACUCUAUCGAGCACACGCCCCUCGAUGAUGUCAACGACGACGACCCCGCCUCCAUACCUCCUGUCCCUCCGCCUAGACAGAAGUCGCUCUCUCACAAGACCAGCGCCUCUCUGGACAAUCUGCUGGACCGCUCGGACGCCCGCGGACACGGCGAGGAACAGGAAGGAGAGGACGAGGAGGAGGAGGAGAAUGACGGUGAUGACGACGACGACGGCGACGACGAAGGCAGCUACGGGGACUUUGCCCGUUACCCCAUCACCCGGAGCCUGCCCAAGCAGAUCAAGUUCCGCUGCGUUCCCCGCUCGGCCUCGGCGGAGGAGCGCUCGCCGAGGGUGGCGCCCAAGAAGCCGCAGCGGCACAGCAUGCCGGCCAAACACACGCCGGCACUCGCCCCCGAGCCCGUCCCGCCGCACGCCCGCCUCCCGCUCCCCGUGACGACGACGUUCCCAGAGCUCCCCGCGCCGCCUCAGGACAAGCCCGCCUGGCGCAUCCCCCUUCCCGCCAUCCUCUUCGGGCGAAACGCGUCGUCGGCCCGCGCCAGCGGCCAGCCGCAGAGCGUCAAGCAGCGGGCGCGCUCGUUCUCCUCCGCCGACCUGGCGGCGCGCAUGGAGGGCCCGGACGGCGUCAAGCGGAGCAGCUUCCGGAAGCUUCUGGAGCUGCGCAUGUCGGUGCGCCUGCUGCCCCGCCUGCUCAUCAAGAGCAGCCAAUCGCUGGACUGCACGAGCGCGCGGACGGAGAUCUACGCCGACGCCGUGGCGACGCAGGGCAAAAAGUGUCUGAAGGGCGUGACCAACGGACAGGGCGUGUCCCCCGGGAAGAGCCCGUCGCCGGGCGACAGCAGUUGCCUGGACGACCAGGGGAUGGCGGAAGAGCCGGGCGAGGUGGAGUACGAGAACGUUCCGCUGUACGAGGAGAUUCCGGAGUACAUGAACCUGCCCCUGUGCCGUCUCAGCUGGAACCCGCCGGCCAAUGACGACGCAGAUGUCUACGAGGUGCAGGAGCCCUACAGGCACAAAGGGAAAGACAACAGGGUCUCUGGCUGCAGCAGCCUCCAGCAGGAAGAGGAAGUGAGCUCGGACGAGGGAGAUGACAGUAGCUCCGCCUCCAGUAAAGGGGACCUCAGCCAAUCAGAGGACAAGCAGCAUGAACAGGAGAUGAAGAGAACCAAAGUGGUGCACAUUGCCACAGAGAUCAUGAGCUCAGAGAAAGUGUUUGUGGAUGUGCUGAAGCUUCUGCAUAUUGACUUCCGGGAUGCGGUUGCCAAGGCGACGCGUCAGAGCGGCAAGGCGGUGAUCGAGGAGCGGAUGCUGAACCAGAUCCUGUACUACCUGCCCCAGCUCUACGAGCUCAACAAGGAUCUGCUGAGGGAGCUGGAGGAGAGAGUCGCACACUGGGCGGAGCACCAGCGGUUGGCUGAUAUCUUUGUGCAGAAGGGGCCGUACCUGAAGAUGUACUCCACCUACAUCAAAGAGUUCGACCGCAACAUCGCCCUGCUGGACGAGCAGUGCAGGAAGAACCCCACCUUCCACAGUGUGCUGCGCGACUUUGAGAUGAGCCCUCGAUGUGCUAAUCUAGCCCUAAAGCAUUACCUUCUGAAGCCAGUGCAGCGGAUUCCUCAGUACCAGCUCCUCCUUACAGAUUAUCUCAAGAACCUUCCAGAGGACUCCACCGACUACAAGGACACGCAGACUGCCCUAGGGAUCGUGAAGGAAGUAGCCAAUCAUGCCAAUGACAUCAUGAAGCAAGGGGAUAACUUCCAGAAGCUCAUGCAAAUACAAUACAGCCUGAAUGGUCACCAUGAAAUUGUCCAGCCAGGCAGGGUGUUCCUCAAGGAGGGCACGCUAAUGAAGCUCUCCCGGAAAGUCAUGCAGCCCAGAAUGUUCUUCCUGUUUAAUGACGCCCUGUUGUACACAACCCCAGUACAGUCUGGCCAGUUUAAGCUGAACUGUAUGCUCUCCCUCGCCGGCAUGAAGGUGAGUAAACCAAGCCAGGAGGCUUAUCAGAAUGAGCUGAACAUCGAGAGUGUGGAGAGAUCAUUCAUCCUGUCAGCGAGCUCUGCCACGGAGAGAGAUGAGUGGCUAGAGGCCAUCUCCAAGGCGAUAGAGGACUACACCAGGAAGAAGAUCACCUUCAUCUCCAGUCGCAGCCAGGAAGAGAACGAGCGUGCAGCAGGAGACGAUAGUGACUUUCCUCUGGGCUCCAAAGCUCCGAUCUGGAUCCCGGAUCUGCGCACCACUAUGUGCAUGAUCUGCACCUGUGAGUUCACUCUCACCUGGAGGAGACACCACUGCCGCGCCUGUGGGAAGGUUGUGUGCCAAGCCUGCUCCACCAAUAAGUGCUACCUAGAGUACCUGAAGCACCAGCCUGCGCGAGUGUGUGACCACUGCUACGACAAACUACAACAAAAGAGUGAUCACACCGCGUCCUCCUCCAUCUCUCCAGGUGGGCGCGUGGGCUCCAGCGCCUUCUCCUUCAGCCGCAAGCAGAAGAAGAUCCCCUCCGCUCUUAAAGAGGUAUCUGCCAGUACGGAGAACUCUUCCAUGAGUGGGUACCUGAUGCGCUCGAAAGGCCACAAGAAGCCGUGGAAGAGGCUGUGGUUCGUCAUCAAAAACAAAGUACUCUACACGUAUGCUGCGAGUGAGGAUGUUGCAGCACUAGAGAGCCAACCCCUGUUGGGAUUCUUUCUUCGAGAGGAGAAGCAAGGCCCAGCUCAGAAGCUGCAGUUCAAACUCUACCACAAGAACACACUCUAUUACAUCUUUAAAGCAGAGGAUAUCCCUACAGCACAGAGAUGGAUCGAAGCGUUCCAAGAGGCCAUGAUUCUUUGACCCCAUCCUCUGAUUGGUUGAGAUUUACCUCCUCAGCACCCCAUUAGCUGGAAGGGUCAUUCUCUCACAGGCUCUUCCUGUAUUACACUCCACUAAUAAGGCCAGAUUCAGGAAGCAUAGCUCCUGUGCAAUGCCUUAUGGGACUUGUAGUACACUACCAGUGUUUGUCUCCUGAUUUCUGUAUAGACUGACAGGUUUAAGGAAUGGAUUCCAUCAUAGAAAGAAGAAACAGGACUAGGUGGCAGGACUCACCUAAGUCAUGUCUAUCAAUGUCAAUCACUGGAGAAAGCCAAUUACAUCAUUACAUUUUCAUCAUAAAUAAUGGUUUGAUACCAUCCCACUAUGUUUUUCAUGAAAUUAAGAAACUGUUUUAACUGUUUCCCAGUGAGAAAACAUGGUUUGUUUCAGUAAUUACUUUCAGUUUUAUCUGCUUCAUAUUCAUGAAGCCAUGUUGGACUUGCAGCCCUUGAAGAAAAUAUCAGGGAAAUGGGGUCUGUGUGUGUGUGUGUGUGUGUGUGUGUGUGUGUGUGUGUGUGUGUGUGUGUGUGUGUGUGUGUGUGUGUCUGUGUGUGUGUGUGUGUGUGUGUGUGUUUACAUGUGUGUGUACGAGAAAUAGAGGGUGAGUCUUUGUGUCUGUUGUGUGUACAAGAAAUAGUGGAUGACUGUGUGUGUGUGUGUGUGUGUGUGUGAGAGAGGGAGAAAGAGAAAGAGAGAGACAGAGAGAGAACAUGCUUGUGUGGUGUGAGAGAGGCUGCUGGCCAGGGAACCAGGCCAUUCCCCCGCACGGCUGACCAAGCCAGCUCAGUGACCCAGAAGGGAAGGGAGAGGGUGGGGUUGAGGAAAGGAGGAAGGAAGAGACUUGGGAAGAGGAAAAGAGGGGAAACAGCGAGGCACACAGAUGUUCUCACUGAAACCUUUAAUUUGCCCUCUCUCACUCACUCACUCACUCACUCACUCACUCACUCAGCAACAGAAAGAGAAAAAUGACCCCAACAAGCCCAACCGCACAGUCACUUAGUCUGCCAAAGAGGAUACAGCCCUCAAAAAUGUACACUACAAGUAUACACUUCAAAGUGUGCACUCGUCACCUAGGGAGGGCAAAGGGAGAAAGUGGCCCGUUGGUCCGUUGUCCUUUGGUGCAGGUGGAGCUGUCAUGUCGCGUCACGUCACUUGAGGGUCAGAGGUUAAGUGAGAAAAAGCGUCGGUAGGUGUAGCAUCCGACUUGGCCUGUUGCCAUGGACACUGAGAGGAGUAGCACAUUGGGAGACAUUUUGUGUGUUUGUUUUUUUUUGCAAUGCACUGUGGGAGAAGCUUGCUAUGGUGGACUGAACAAAUAGACAGGGAAAGAGUCUGUGAUUCUAAAAACAACAUCAUUCAAAUGUUUUUAUUAGCAAUAUUUUUAUUUUAUUUUUUAAAUGAAACUUUACAUUUGUGCCUCAAGCAAAUGCUUAAAAAACUAAUGUAUAGAAGGUCAUACUGGAAAGAACUGGAAAUACGUGUUGUAUAUACAGAAUUUAACAUGUUAUAUAGUAUGUAUUUAAAAUUUGGAAGCCUGUAAAACAGGUUGUUUUUUAUGUAAUAGUGAAUCUGAAUGCUAGAAUACUGUGCCUUUCUGUAAGUUUGAGUCAAACUUUUUAAAGACCCCCACACUACACUAGGUUUGACAUACGCCCACAUAGAUUCACCAUACGAAAUAUAUCCAGGAUCGGUUUGCCUUGAGCAUUUUCACACAGCUAAGGCUGUUAUGAAGACAUGUUGUUAUGUAACUCCUCAUUUCACGUUUUUGCAGUAAUACUUUAAAGACGUUUACCAUUAUGUUCAUAGUGUUAUCUCUAUUUUUUUGUAAUUUACCAGUUGUAAAUGCUCAUCAGAGUUAUUAUUCCAGUUUUGUGUUUACUGAGGCCUUUCGUACACUGUAUAGCGACCUCUUGGUUUUAUUUGCAAUGCUCAGAGCAAGACCAGGCUAGCCUGUGAAAGACUACUCCGAGUUGAGGUUUAGUCUCUGAGAGAAAGAAUCCGCUUCGCCCUUUUGGGCAGGGGAUCUGGGUCAUAAAUUAUCUUUCAGACUGUUGCAAUUCCGUUUAGGACAAAUUCAGGUGGCACAAAUGCUUUAUUAAAUGAGCCGAACAGGAUAUAUGUAUGCUCAAAGUCUGAGUGGGCCUACAUAAUGAUGGCCAAACGAAGGGUGAGUUAUACAAGAUAGUCUGGUCUUGCUCUCAUUUGGUAAGGUUCUCAGCAAAUGUGUUCUGAGAUUUAUGCUAAAGCAUUUAAAUAUGUUCCACAGGUGUUUUUAACCAUUUGUCUCUAGGCCUACUGAGUUUACCAGCACAAGUCAAUGCAGUUAAGUGUUCAGUGCUAGUUUUUCUUCACAAAUGUAAAGUGUACAAUAAUAAUAAUUUUAAAAAA